UGGAAUACUUACAAACCAAAAUGAAGAUUUCCGUAGCAAUUCUUGGCCUGUUCCUUGUGGUUUUCUGCAGUUUGGAAACGCCUACAUCAGCUGUUUUUUUUCCGCCUCCCAAAAUUUUCUGCAAACAUUUUCCCGUUUUUUGCCCUGACAUCGAUGAUAAAGCAACUACAGUAAACUCAGCAACUACAGUGGAUUCAGCAACUACAGUAGAUGCAGCUACUACAGCAUCUUCAGUAGCUGAUAGUACAACUGCGGCUCCUGAGGGUACGACUGCUGCCUAAUGAUUCCGUCCCUUAACCCAUUAAAGACCAAUAUUGUGCACUUUAUCCUUUGAUUCUUUCACUCUGGCAUGCCAACAAUUUAUAAAUAAACAAUUCCCGAGCAUUCAAAA